CAACUUAACUUAAGAAGCAAUAUAUAUAUUUAAGCAUGGCAACUGCUAAUUCUCACAUGUCUCUCCUCCUCCUCCUCGCCCUUGUUGCACUCACACCUUCCACCUCAGCCGCAUCCCUAAACUUAGACUUAGACUUACACCUACUUCUCCAACUACAAGGAUUCCCCCCCGGCCUUAUACCUGAACCCGUUGAAGAUUACGAUAUAUCCAUCGCGAGCAUUUUGCCACCCACCUUCAGCUUCACCGUCUACUUUAAGGAACCAUGUUACGUAACGUACGUAUACCCCAAUUACUUCGCCCCGGUGUUUACCGGAAAGAUCACCUUAGGUAAAAUUUCUGGGAUGAGAGGCCAUAAGGAUAAACUCCCGUCUACGGGCGUAUGGACAGAUAUGUACGGCGUCACAAUGGUUGGCACUAAGCUCGUGUUCAAAUUUGCGACUGAAACUAUAGCGUACGAUAGAGCGCUGUUUGAAGAGGUUAAGAAUUGCACAUAUGGUCCUCUUAUUCCUGACCAAUCUAACGAACUCGUCUCUCAGCUUCCAAUCAGUGCAGAGUAAGUUGGUGAUCAUGAGAUCAACAUGGAUGUUUUGAGACUUUUGAAGUUGGGAAGUCUGGGGACAAUAUAUUGCUUCUUCAAAUGUGUUG